GAGGAGAGAGCAGGCAGCGGGAGGAACGGCAGGAUAGAGCCGGUGGGAAGGGCAGACUCCUGUGUGGAAUCAGCUUCACUCGAUGAAAUGUUGAAGCCGGUUGAGGUGUCCAAUGGCGGUGGGCCGCUAGGAAUCCACGUGGUGUCUUUCAGUGCCAGAGACAGAAGGACGCUGGGCUUGUUAGUGAAGAGGCUGGAGAGGGGCGGGAAGGCGGAGCGGGAUGCUCUGUUCCAGGAGAACGACUGUAUCGUCCGGAUUAAUAACGCAGACCUGCGCAACAUCCGAUUCGAACAGGCCCAGAAUUUGUUCAGACAGGCUAUGCGUUCUCCACUCAUCCUGUUCCAUGUAGUUCCAGCGGUGAAGAAAGCCCAGUACGAGCUGCUGUCUCAGAAUGAACUGGGUCUUCAGGCUGCUUCGGGCCCCGGGGACAGGGCCAGUCUGGUGGGAGGAGGUGUCGACUACAGCCCGUGGAGAAUGUCCAAAGCCGAAUCGACCCUGGGCUAUCCCACAUUACCGCACAUAGCAAACACAUCAAACAAGACCCCACCGGGCCCCAACCAGCCCUCCAGACCCACCAGUGCCGCCUCCACUGUGGGCUACUCUAAAAAGAUCGGCCGCAAAUUCAAUGUCCAGCUGAGGAAAGGUCCGGAGGGGCUGGGCUUUAGCAUCACCUCCAGAGACGUCCCGAUUGGCACUUCCGCCCCCAUAUAUGUGAAGAACAUCCUCCCGCGUGGAGCCGCCAUCCAGGACGGCCGUCUGAAAGCUGGAGACCGGCUGCUCGAGGUUAAUGGAGUGGAUCUGAAUGGUAAGACACAGGAGGAGGUUGUGGCUCUGUUGCGCUCGACUCCCAUGGGAGGCACUGUAGGUCUUCUCAUCGUCAGACAAGAGGACACUUUCCUGCCCCGCGAAGUGAAAGAACGAGAUGAAUUAAUUUUGACCCCGGAUGGAACGCGGGAGUUUUUGACGUUUGAGAUCCCUCUCAAUGACUCGGGAUCGGCCGGUUUAGGGGUCAGCGUCAAGGGCAAUAGAUCGAAAGAGAGCCACGCCGACCUGGGCAUUUUCGUCAAGUCUAUAAUCACUGGAGGAGCCGCCUGCAAGGAUGGGCGUCUGAGGGUCAAUGACCAGCUGAUAGCAGUUAAUGGAGAGUCUCUGCUGGAGAAAACCAAUCAGGAAGCCAUGGAGACCCUCCGCAAGUCCAUGUCCAUCGAGGGCAACAAGAGAGGCAUGAUUCAGCUGAUCGUGGCCCGGCGGAUCGCAGGGAGGGGAGAGGAGGCUCCAGGUAGCCCGCCUGUGCUUCUGAACUCUCCACGAGACGAACAUGAGCGAUGGAUCUCUCAGUCGCUGUAUUCCGGAGAGAGCCUGGAUGACAACCACACCCCACGACCCACCAUGAUGGGUAGAAUGAUGGGACACUACCAGCUGUCCCCCACUGUGAAUAUGCCCCAGGACGACACCGUCAUCAUUGAAGAUGAUAGGCCACCUGUUCUUCCUGCCCGCUUGUCUCACCAAUCAUCAUCCAGCUCCCACGAUGACAUGGGAUUUGUGACAGAAAUGCCAGGAUCCUGGCCCAAAGAUGUCCAGAUACAGGACGCAAGCACACUCUGUCCAGACGCAGAUAUGGAUGACGUGUUUCAGAGGGAAGGCUUCGGCCGGCAGAGCAUGUCAGAAAAGCGGACCAAACAGUACAGCGAUGCCGCUCAACUGGAGAUCGUCACGAGUCGCAAGUCGAAGAGUAUGGACCUAGUAGCCGACGAGUUUAACCUCACUCCCCGCACAGAGAGGACCGAAGGCAACUCCACGCGAGAUGUGGGACCGUCGUUGGGUUUGAAGAAGUCGAGUUCCUUGGAGAGCCUCCAGACGGCUGUUGCCGAGGCGACGCACAACGGAGACGUCUCGUUCCACAGGCCACGCCCCAGAAUCAUCAGGGGGCGCGGCUGCAACGAGAGCUUCAGGGCGGCCAUCGACAAGUCUUACGACAAGCCUGGUGUGACCGUGGUUAACCCCGAUGAAGAUGACGAGGGCAUGGACACACUGGAAGAAGAUACAGAGGAGAGUUCCCAAUCAGGCCGCGACUCCAUUUCCACAGCCACAGAUCUGUCCCUCCCACCCUCCAACACAGAGAAACAGCUGAAUGGAGGACGCACCAAAGAUGACAAGAAGAAGGAGCGAGGAGGGCAGGACAAGAAAGACAAGAGCAAAGCCAAGAAAGGCGUGCUGAAGGGCCUGGGCGACAUGUUCAGGUUCGGCAAAAACCGCAAAGAUGAGAGGCAAGGGGACAAGAUGGAGCGGAAAGGGUCCAGCAAGAGCAAGAUGGAGGAAAGUCAGGCCACCGAGGAGGAGACGCAGAGAAUGAGGCUGGAGCAGGAGAGGAUUCAAGAGAAGACCAGGGAGCUCCGAGAGCGACAGGCCAGAGAACGAGACUACGCUGAGAUCCAGGACAUCAGCCGAAACUUCAGCUCCGACGAGGAGCACACCUACGCCGGGAUCGGCUCUCUGUACUCGUCCCUGGACAGCAGUAUGGACCUGAGCCAUAACCCCGGUCCAGAGCGUCCUCAGAGCCCCCGAGACCAGGCCUUGCCCUUAGAGGCUCUUUACGCACAGGUCAACAAGCCCCGCAACGGACGCCCUCCAUCUGCAGACAGGUAAGCACUCACAGCUUCUCAUUGCCAAGGACUUCCAUCCUUCAAAAUCGCCGUGACGUGAUGCACAGGCUGCUUUUGUUGCUGAGAUUUUGAGUGUUUGUCAGGACAGUUAAGCAAUGCUUGGCUAAUGUAACGGGACGGGAUGUGACAUGUUCUUGACUUGAAAGAAGCAACCUUGGCUAUGUAAUUGCAAAGCUUUGCAUAAUGUGAGCUAAAGUGUGUUUUCUCGCUGUUGUGAGCUGUCAAAUAUUUCUCAUUUUGUAAGGUUGGAUAGGGUGA